GGAGCGGCGGGAGCGGCGGGAGCGGCGGAGCGAGGGGCGCGCGGGGCGGGCGAGAGCGCGGAGCGGCGCGGGCCGGCGGUGGUGGGACGGCGGCGGCGCGACCCGUGACGUCACGCUCGCGUCUCCCGCGAGGCGCCGCGCGCCCCGCGACGUCAGGCGGCCCCGCCAUGCUCCGCCUGGGCCUCGCGCUGCUGUUCCGCCUUCCUCGCCUGGCCCCGCUCCGCGCCCCGCUGCGGCCGUGCGGGGCGGCGGCGGCGGGCCACGGCACGGAGCAGGAGCGCUUCGUCUUCCUCGAGUAUGAGCCGGACCCGGCUGAGAGGGCGCCGCGCCGGGAGCGGGAGGUGAAGCCGCGGCGGGAGCGGCGGGCGCGGGGCGCGGCGGCAGUGGCAGCGGCGAUGACGAGCCUGUCGGACCCGUCGGUGCCGCCGAGCGGCGUGAGCUGCUCGGGCUGCGGGGCCGAGCUGCAGUGCGGGGACAGCGGCGCGCCGGGCUUCGUGCCGGCCGAGCGGUACCGCAGCCUGCUGUGCGAGGGCCCCGCGGCGCUGCGCGGCGCCGUGUGCCGGCGGUGCUGGGCGCUGGCGCACGGCGGCGGCGCCCCGGGGCUUCGGCUGCCGCCCGCCGAGCACCGCCGCGUGCUGAGCGACGCCCUGCGCCGCCCGCCGCGCCACGGCCGCGGGCCGCUGCUGCUCUACGUGCUCGACGUGACGGAGCUGCCCGACCCCGUGCUGCCGCAGCUGCCGGCGCUGCUGAGCCCCGACGUGCCCGCCGCCGGCGUGCUGGUGGUGGGCAACAAGGUGGACCUGCUGCCCGCAGACCGCCGCGGGCACCUGGGGCGGCUGCGGCAGCGGGUGGCGGCGGCCUGCGCCCGGGCCGGGCUGCGGGGAGCCGCGCUGGUGGACAUCCGCCUGGUCAGCGCCAAGACCGGCUACGGCUUGGAGGGGCUGGUCAGCCGGCUGCAGCGCUCCUGGAAGUGCGCCGGCGAUGUCUACCUGCUGGGCGCCACCAACUCGGGCAAGUCCACGCUCUUCAACACCCUGCUGCGCUCCGACUACUGCAAGUCCCGCGCCCCCGACAUCAUCGACAGGGCCACUGUGUCCCCGUGGCCAGGAACAACACUGAACCUGUUGAAAUUUCCAAUUAUUAACCCUACGUGUGACAGGAUAUUCCGAAGGCAGGAGAGGCUAAAAGAAGAGGCAGCAAAAACAGAAGAUCAGCUAAGCAGUGAAGAAAAAAAGUACCUUAAUCAACUUAAAAAGCAAGGUUACCUAGUGGGAAGAGUUGGAAGAACAUUUAAACAGCAGAAGUCUAGCGCUGAGAUUGACUUCGACCCUGACAAGCUCUCUUACAGCUUGGAUGAAGAUCCUAGAGACGAAGAUCCUAGAGAGCCCCCUAAGAGGUUUGAGGAGAGGGAGGAGUUCACUCACAAUGAAGUGAAGGAUGCUCGGUGGUGUUUUGACACUCCAGGAAUUGUAAAGGAAGACUGUGUUUUGAAUCUCCUAACAGAGAAGGAAGUAAAACUGGUUUUGCCAUCACAUGCCAUUGUUCCACGGACCUUUAUUCUCAAGCCAGGAAUGGUCUUGUUUUUAGCAGCCUUGGGACGUAUAGACUACUUAGAGGGAGAAAAGCCUGCCUGGUUUUCUGUCUUGGCUUCUAACCUGUUGCCAGUCCAUGUUACUACACUGGGUAAUGCAGACACUGUCUAUGAGAAGCAUGCAGCCCAAGAAUUCCUAAAGGUUCCCAUGGGUGGGGAAGAGAGAAUGAAAGAGUUCCCCCCACUUGUCCCUCAGGACAUUACACUGAAAGGAAUUGGUACUACUGAGGCAGUUGCAGAUAUCAAGCUUUCCUCUGCAGGCUGGGUGGCAGUGACGGCUCACGCGGAAGAGGAAUUGCUGCUCCGAGCCUACACUCCCAAAGGCACUGCGUUGGUGGUGCGGGAGCCUCCCCUUCUGCCUUACAUCAGUGCCAUCAGAGGGGCCCGGAUCCCAGGUACUCCUGCCUACAGGACCAAAAAGCCUCCUUCCUUUGUGGAAAACCUAAGAACCACUGGAAGCAGAUAGUGCUUCUCAUCAUCCGAGCAAGGCAGAAGACAGAACAGCCCCUGGAGAACCUGGUGAUUUACUGGUAUUCAGAAAAUGUUGGACUCAUUUUGAAAGGAAAGCAGGGCUAGGAGGGAGCUCCACAAGUCCACAUUUGAUCCAACUGCUGAACUCUAGCCAUUAUGAAGUGAGGGGCUGGGACCUUAUUGUUUGAGGGUAAACAGCUUCUCCCUGGGAUCUGCAUCGAUGGGCAGAUCCCUUUACCUGUCCCCUCUUGAAAUACAGGGUGGAACUCACCUGCCUGACCUGGUCUGACUGCUGCUUAUAGACUAGGUGGUUUCUUGCAGGCAUGCUCCCUCAUGUCAAAAAUCAUCACCUUGUUUUUAAGGUGUUUCCUUAAACAGUUAAAUAGUUAAAGGGGGUAGAGGGAGUUGGAAGGAGCAGGGAAUGCUCCAGUGUGGCUGAUACUGGUGCAACAACAUCAACCAGAAGUUGUGUCCUUUCUCUCCUUCAGCAUCGAGUGGAUUAGGGUGGGCAGUAUCCUGCUUUUGGACACAGGAAAAGUGAUUUAAUAAAAAGCAGGUCUGCUCAUGUGCCUGAAGAUGAAAGUUUUGCAAUUCACUGCUUUGAUUUGGUUUCUGUAGCUUGGGUACAGGUUUUUGAAACCAAGCAUAUAGAAUCCAGGGAAUGUGGUUCACAUGUGUUCAGUCUGUGUCUAGACUAGAGUUCUUCCUGUACAUUAGACAAAAUAUGUGCACUCUCACCUUGAUUUCUCAGGAAAGCUUUUCUAGUUCUUUCUAGAAGAAAAAAAACUAUGGCAGCAUGUUCCUCACUGCUCAGGCUGUGACUCACACAGUGCUCCUGUUUUCCUCUGUUUCUCUGUUGUGAAAACCAGCACAUGUGUGGCCACUCCUAGGGUGUGCUUGGCAAGCAUCAGAGCACAGGCAGCAAGAUCCAGAAAGUGUUUUUCCAGUAGGGGUAUAUAGGACUGUAGCUGUCUUCCUGGCUGGAUUUCUUUGUGCUGUUGGCAGGCCUUAUAUUUGGCUGCAAAAAUUACUGAAGGAGUUGCCAGCAAGACUGGUGUGAGGAUUAUCUGUUGCAGCUGUGCUAAUCUUCACAGUGCUGUGCUUUUCAAUUUCCCCUUCACAAAGGGAAAAAAACACCAUCUUUUUGAUGUUUAAGAACAAGAUUCUAGAAGAUUUUUUUUUGAGAGAUUCUUUUUAAAAUUACUUUAGUGAUGAUGGAAGAGAAAGUGCCACAUUUUUCUCAAUGGUUAUAACACACACAGCAAACCAACCCCUGUACAAAUUCUGCCCAUUUUUUUUUGAGCAUGCCAUGGAUUUAUCAACUAUUUUCCUUGACUUGCUCAUAGCUAAAUGGGAGAACCAUGUUGCUUUGUGUAUUUGUUCAAGACUGGGUAUCUUGAACAUUUUUAAGUUGGCAAGAGGCUAAACAACUAAUUUAUGUGUGUAGAAACAGCAUGAACAACUCAUGUUCAGUUUAUGUCUUAAGCAAGAAUACUGAGAAGAAUGCAAAACAAUACUGAGAUAGGGACCUUUGCAUCUUGAACAAAUGCACCAGUCUAAACUUCUUCCUGGAUGAUUUACAUCAGAUGGUGGUGAGAGAGAAAGAGUAUCAAGAUCUGCCAGAGCUGCCAACUUUAUAUUACAACCCAAAAGCAGGUGAAGAUAUUGAAAGAUACCAAAGCGACAUUGGUAUUCCUUUUCAUCCUUGGCUGUAUGACAGGUGUGUGGAUGAUGUACAUCAUGAGAAGGGGCUGGUAGACAGCACUUCCCCUGUGCAUGUCAGGUGUGAAAAGCACUGUAGCUUUUGGAGGCAAAAGCCACUACAAUGUUCUUGUGGGGGCGAUGCAAUUCUGCAGUUGCAUGAAUUCAGAGCUGUGCUUACAGGCCACAAAAAAAUCCAUCACUCCUGCCUGUCUAGCUUCCAGCUUAAAAGUAGCUUUGGUACAGAUUUCCAUAAAAACAUCCAUUGCUUAGCAUAAUAGUCAUGGGCUGCAGAGGUGAAUUCCCCUGGCUCUGCCGUUUUGCUUUGUAAAGUUCUCACACAUUUGGUGGCUUUAGUUCUUUAGGAGCACUGCCUGGGGUGGUGUCACUCCAUUCCCAAUAUGAAACACACUGUAAUUUGCACAUACUGUUCCUCAAACUUUAAAGAAUAAAAGUUUGGAUUUGUUUCCAUCAGUGAAGUCUCAGGAAAAAGAAAGGUAAAAGGAUGAAAAACUUCAUACACUCAGAAAGUGAAGAAAAGGGAAAAAGCGGAGCAAAUGGGAGAAAAACCUAAGUAGCAGAAACUGCCUAAAAGAGGACUGCAUUUAGAGGCAAGGUUUAAACUUCGUGGUCUUAUGUGCAAAUCUCACCACAGGAACAUAUCUAAAUUAGGGUCUGGACUUUGGGCUCCACAGAGCUUAAAACAGUUCUAAAAUGGGGUACAAUUGACAAGUGUUAUGGUAACAGGGAAACAUAAAUAGCUACAGGUUGUCCUCACAAAACUGUCAGAAAUCUGCCCACAGAGAUCAAAUAUCAUGUCUGUGUGAUCUAAUGUAUGCUCCACAACCAAAACCACAGAAGAAAAUGUACUACAUUUGUUUUAAGGGUGCACCUGAACUCAGCAAGCAGUUCUUGAGGUCUGAAACAAUACCUUUACACAUUUACACAUUUACACAUUUACACAUUUGCAAAUUGAAAAUAAAAAUGUAACUACAAAAUUACCCUGUGCAUGGUAGACUGUACUGCAUUUAGUCUGAAAUGAAUAAACAGGUAUGUAGUCACAAGAAUUUUGGAAUUUUAAAUUAAGCUAUCUACAGUUAUAAAAGAUUUUAUUUUACACCUCUAGAACAUUUGAUGUGGCUUUGGUUUAUUUGUCUAUAAGAUGAGAAACCACUUCUACAGUACGUUCUGUAUUUGCAAAACAAGCACAUUUCAUUUUAGAAAAACAGUGAAGUGAGGGAAGCCUGACAUUUUUUUAAAAAGUCAAGGCAAGCAAAGUUAGAGGUUAGAAACAGAUCCUUGAUCUUCUAAAUGUCAGAUUUGCCAAGACUUUAAUAAAAUCCUGCAAAUACAAAAUAUGUUGUAAACGCUAACAGCAGGACAAGAAAAUAACAAUAUAUCAAAUACACAUGCAAAGGUUCUGAAAAUUUGCUGAACCUUUUGCAGUUAUGACAAGCAGAGGAAAUAUGGGAAGAGAGAAAAGAAGAAAAAAAUGUAAAAACAUGGUAUUCAACAGAGGGAGGUUAACCUCACUGACAUGCUGUUCAUACUUUGUUACUCUGCAAGGUGAGGGGACCCACAUGCAGAGAACUUUGAGCAUAUUACUCAUUUUUGUCCAAAGAGUAAAGAAAAUCAAAGAAGUAUAGGAAAUUCCUUCCAAUAUAUAUAGGAAACAUGUCACAGAGCAUGCAUGCAUCUAAGUUUUUCAAAUUAGUGCCUUAAAGGACAUCUUUUUCUUGAUGUGAAGUAACUGGGAAAUGCAGUAAAUAUCUUUCACUAGAACCUUCCAGGCAAUGAACUGACACAGGGAUUCACUGGGCAAAAUCCUGCAGAUUUUAAGGUUAGAGAUUUUUGGCUAAAACUGUAGUGGACAGGCCAAUGCUUUUAAAUUUGAGUGUCCAAUCUUUAUGAAUCCAGCAAACAUUUUGGAAACAAUCAUCUGACAUCCAUGUUCCAACACACUCACUUGUCGCUGGGCUUUGUGCACUCUGGGCUCCCUCCGUGGAACUCUAGGACUUGUGGUUACAUCUGUGUAGUAGCUCCCUGGAAUUCUUCUGUGAUAAUACAUAAUACAACCUUUUUAAAAGAGCCUGUGACACUUUGAAAUGCUGUGGUAGUCAGUACUGCUGAGUAUGGAAGUCAUAAAAAGGAAUGAGUGUGUUUCAGGAUCGCUGGCAUCUAUAUGGACAAGCACCUUGGAAUGAGUGAGGGAAAUGGCAGACUGCCACUUGGUUCAUUGCUGGCAAUGUUUGAGAAGCAGGAACUAGCCAAUUAAGCCAGUUCACAUUAAAUUUCUUCAGGCUGCUCAAUUUGUUGAAAUAUAAUACAAUACUGGUGGGAUACAUCCUGAGGAUGAGCAACAGUGAUGUCCAAACUUCACAGUAAGUAAAGCUGCUGUGGCAAAGAAGGGAAUGAACUGUAUGCUGUUUAUGAAAAAUUAUGCAAUUGACUCAUUUAAUAUCUUACAGUAAAUCAAUAGGGGCUCUUGUGGGAUGAAACCCUCAGCAAAUUAACAAUGUGUAGUGAGUGACCUUGACAAAUGAAAACCCUGAGAGCUGGGCUUAAGAAUACAGUCAUUGAGAAAGCAGUGGGUAUACUAAUAAAUGGCAUUUAUUAGCCUAACUCCACAAAGACUAAUUCUCUCCCCAUUCCUAAGCCUACAAAAAAAAAGGAAAACUAAAGACAAAGGGGGUCAGGAGGAGGCUGAUGGCUGUCAGUGCCCUUUGAAAGAGGGACAUGUAGAGGGGCAUGCUUAAGAAAGACAUCAGAACUACAGUAAGCCUAGAAAUAACCAGAAAUAAAAUUGCUGAUGUUUCCCAACAAUGCAGGCCAAAACAUGGUUCCUGUUUGAACCAUUCAGAGGCUUGGUUAGGGUUAUGAUACUUGAUUCUGAAAAGGCAGCCUUUCAGUCAAGUUUUGAUUGAGGGGACUCUGUGGAAUCACUGCAGAGUGCACUGCGCUUGUCUGGCUAAUGGAGCAUGAGAGAGGUGAAGCUGAUGGUGGUCAAGGGAGCAACACACUACAAAUUAAAGGAACUGGCUCAAGUGGAAAUGAACCCCACUGAGAGUGAGCACAGAACUGUUGUACUCGAAAUUAUCCUUGUGUACAGAUCAUUUCACUGUAAAACUGAAGAUCAUUAAACAUGCCUAAUUCUUAGAUAACUAAAUUGAGGUUAAAGCUGUCAUUUAUGCCAAGCAAAGAGAAAUUAUAGCAAAACAACAAACAAACAAAACCUAAGCAAGCCCUUCAUCAUAUUUUGGGCAGCCUCACUGAAAUUCAAGGUCAACCAAUGCACUAGGAUGAAAAUAACCGCAUGUAUAAAUCCUUAGAAUGCUACUUUUAAGGGAAAGUAUGCAUUAGGUUCAACUAGUUAUGAAAAAAACAUUUUGUUGCCUGUGACGGUAAUUUUUGAAAAUUAGAUUAUUUUAAGUGUUAACAUGUUUAUCUUGAACUACAUUAUGAACAUACGUUGGUAAAUGGAUGCUUGCAUUAUUCUAUUUCCAGUCUUGGUUAGGACUAAUGUACAUGACAAAAUCUAAGUGUUAGGAAAGUGACAUCGUUCAAUUUUCUGCCAACAGGUCAGCUUUUGAAAAAGUGUAAGGAGUAAUACAUAUGCUUCUGAUAUUCAACAAUCUGUCAAAAAAGGUUUAUGUUGUUUUGAGUUCUCCUGAAAUUGCAUCACAUUAACAUCAAACCUCAAAAACAUUUCUUGUGCUGGUAAGAAGAUGGAAACCUAUAUGGAAAUGGAUAUAGGUUUAAAAGGAAGGAAACCCUUCUCUUUUAUUGCUUUUAAUCUUCUAACUUCAAUUAAACUGAUUUCUAAGAGAGAUGCCAGAGGCUGCCUGAAAGAAAUACAUUUUCUGGUGACAACA